AUGCAUGACAGCAUCUUUACGGGCGCACUGGGCAUCCAACAGAGAUGCGCACCGAAGGCCCAGGGCAGCUGUGUAGAUGCGGCGCGGUACAAGAGUUCAGCUGAACUCUGGGAUACUCUGGGGGCGCUCCAAGCGUUUGUGCAGCAGUCCAGGGAUGAUAGCAUGGUGCAUGGGUCAUCCAUUCCAUCGUUAUCAGGGGUGAUUGUUACGUGGAGAGUUUUCGUGUGUAUUCCUCAUUUACAGCGAGGACCCGGCUGGACCCAGCAGGCGCUCGCACGGCUACUGGACUGGCUGACCGCGCCAUACGUUACAGCAUCGCCGAACAGAGCGGCCCAUAAGCCUGUUGGCCCGCCUCGAGACGCAAACAGCCACGGUGGGCUGGCAAGGACGGCUUUGGAACCGGGAUGUGGCCUAGGGCUCGCACCCAGAGCGCUGAGCUUUCCACCGCACCUACAGCCGCAACUGCGUCAGCUGUUGGCCGCGCUGCCACGCUGUCCCAAACUGUACGACAGCCUGGACGAGCACAGCCGUCUGCUGCUGCAUGACCUUUUGUCGGUGCUGCCGCGGCGUUGUGCCAUGGGCACUACUACGCCUGCUCUUCAUGGCGCGGGGGCGGCGGCGGCGGCGGCGGUACGGCAGCUCCAUGGCAGCGGCGGAUCCGGAAGCCACCCCCGGCCAGGGGCGGCGGGCGCUGGAGCGGAGUACCAGCGGCGCGACAGCGGCCGACGGACUGUGUACAUAGGGCCCUGGAUUCGUGCGGCACUGGAGGCAUCGCGGUUGCGGUUUCAGUCCUCAGUCCCGCCCCCGCCGCCGCCGCCGCCGCCGUCGCCGUCGCCACAGGUAGACGUGGCGGCAGCGCCGCCGGCGCAAGAUCCCUCGGCUUCAUGGCCCGCUGAACGACGCGCACCUCUGGAAACCGAAUUUGUACCGCAAGCCGACGCGCCGCACAGGGUGACGUUGCCCCAUAAACGAAAGCCAACAGCGGGCGGUGACGGAGCCAGGGAUCUCCGUGGCGUUCCGUGGCGCCCCUCGAAUGCCGGGGGGGUCGACGCCGCUGCUGCUGCUGCCCAUGGCGACAUGGGUUUCCCUAAAAAGGAUGCGGGUUGGUGGUGGAUCCCGGAUCUAGAUCUGGAUCCAAAUUUGGAUCUGGACAGGACCAGCCGAGGUAACCCACAGGAUCGAUACGAAUCCGGAUACGCCCUGAAUCCAGAUCUAGUUACGGCUCCCGGAUUACCCGGUACCGGUUCUGCAUCUCAGACGGUGCCACCGGCGCCGUCGACGCCAGGCGCGCGCGUGGAUGAUGAUGUCUGUGCCCGCCGAUGGGGCUGGCGGCAAGACCGUAGCGACGGGGGGCUACCGUACGGUCAGCGGCCAGCGCGUCCAUCAGAGGCUUCGGUUUCGGAGCUGCGAAGAGCGAGGGAGGAGCGGCAGGAGGCGCUCUGUACUUCCAGUACGGUCACUGAAGAUGACGGGGCUGACGUGGCUGGGGAAAAGAACACCGAAGAGGAGGACCAACGGCAACAUCAGCGAGUGGCGGUUCAGAAGCGGACGGAGGAGGAGGAGGAGGAGGAACUGGGUGUCGACGGGCCGCGUGCGAAACGGCCCAGGACGGGGAUUACAGCCGCGGUGGCGGUGGCGGCGGCGGCAGAGCCAGCUACGCUGCCUCUGGGCACGGCAGCUGAUGAUAACACAACGGCGGCGGCGGCGGCGACAGCGGGGACGACGGUUGAUCCCAAGGCGAGCAUGGAGAAGUUUCUUCGUGCUCUUCAGGAGGUGAUUGGUGGCGGCGGCGGCGGCGGUGAUGACGGCGGCGGCGGCGGCGGCUUCGGGCGCGCCGCCGCGCCCUCGGAGGUCACCUCGUGGCGGCACCUGGAGACGCUCCUAGAGCAGUGUGCUGCAGCCGGCGGUACGGCGGCAGUCAUGGCCAGCGGCGGCGACGGCGUCGAUGGCCGGAGCUCCGCAGCGGCGGCCUUUCCACCGGACGUUGUACGGCACAUCAUGCGGCAGCUUCUGACGCCGCGGCUGAGUGGCGCGGCCGCGCGGAUGUUGCUGAGUGUUGCCGUACUACCGGCGGUGGCGGCGGUGGAGCGAGUAAUGCCGCGGCCUCUGCAAGAGGCCUUGGCCGCUGCGGCAGGCGGGGCCCAUCCACGGGCGCUGACGGAAGCCGUACUCAUCCCUGCCGUACAAUGGCCCCAACUGACUCCUGGUCAAGCCCAGCUCCUGGUCAAAGCAGUCACUGCGGGCAAGCCGCCGCUGCCGCCGCCGCUGCAGAGUCUUCUCCUCCGUGCCUCAUCCGCGUGUGGGUCUGUGUGGAGUGAGCCCCACGUGACGUUGGUCCACGGGCUGCUGGAGGCUGCUGGGGAGGGACUGGACCAGGUCGCAUUGGGAUUGUUAUGUCAAGGACUGCACGCCGCAGUUCGCAGCAACGACAACCCACACAUCCAGGCAGGCAUGACCCGCAGUGUACCGCUCUGCCGCCUGCUGCUGAGCCUGCUGACCAAGUACGGCAACCGGCUCAGUGUCGUACAGCUACGGCAGCUGCAAGAAGCCGCUGCCGCCAUGUCCACCUUUAUGACGAAACCCUGCAUGGUGAAGUUGCAGGAGCUGAUGGUGGCGGCGGCGGCGGCGCCGGGUGCUGGUGCUGUCGAUGGCGGUGUUGGCGGCGCGUGGGAGCUGUAA